AUGACCAAUGAAGGUAAUAAUGAUAAACUACACGAACGACUCCUAUUGCCGUUAGCAGAAGCCAUACGGCCUCAAAGUUUGACAGAGUAUAUUGGACAACUGGGUCUUAUCAAUACUACCAAUGGAGAAAUUUGGAAUUUUAUAAGGUUGGGAUAUUUACCUUCCAUGAUCCUUUAUGGACCGCCAGGAGUUGGUAAAACCACUAUAGCUUCCUUGAUUGCUGAGAAAUGUGGAUACAUAUUUACAGAAUUAUCAGCUACUGAUACUACUAUUGCUGAAUUGAAAGAUUUACUGAUAACUAUUGAACGAGAAAAUGCCAAACGAUUAGAUUCAAAAGACGGACAAUUAUUAAAGAUUGUUAUAUUCAUUGAUGAGAUUCAUCGAUUUUCAACUAAACAACAGGAUUUCUUAUUACCUUAUGUUGAAAGUGGGAAUUUUGUAUUUAUAGGAGCUACUACUAUAAAUCCUCAUAAAAGAAUACGACGAGCCAUAUUAUCAAGAUGUCAAAUAUUUCAAUUAAAUUUAUUAACAUCAGAUGAAAUCAUGCAAAUUUUGAAAAGAGCUAUGUUAUUUGAAAAUAUUAGACGAAAACAUUUACAUAAAUUACGAUUUUUAAGUUAUGAUGAUGAUUGUUUAAACUUAAUUAUCAAUUAUGCUCAAGGUGAUACGCGUAUUGGGAUUGGAUUAAUUGAAUUAAUCAGUACUAAAUUUGCAACUGAUGUGUAUAAAUAUAGUGGAGGAAGUGAACCAGUGAGUUUGAAUGUGAUUGAAUUGAAGGAUUCCAUAAAGAGUUUAAGAUAUUCAUUACAAGGUUUACAAGAUGAAUCCAAUUUAAAGAUAUUUAAGAGUUUAUUUGAUGCAUUACGUUGUAUAAUUCCAUCUGAGGAGUUUAAACAAGAUAUUACUGAUGAUGGCAAACUGUCAGACAAACCCACUGCGAAGGCAACAAAAGAUAAGAAGGAUGAAGAGGUUACUCUUGAUUACUUUCUUGAUGAUUUUAAAAGUAGAUAUAUCGAUCCUGAUGAUAAAGAUUAUGAAUAUUUACAUCAAAUGCAAGUAUCUGAUGAUAGUGAUAUUGAAGAAGGAGGUGAUAUUUAUGGUUGUUCCACUAGUGAAGUAAAACUUAUCGAUCCAUCUAAAUCAUCUACAUUAGAACACUUCCAAUUAUCAGCUGUCUUCUAUACUCAAUUACUAUUAAAAAGAGGAGAAUCACCUAUAUUUAUUGGAAAGCAAUUGAUCUUAUUCACUAUCUUAUAUGUUAAAACAGAUGUGUUUUCAUUAAGAAAAAUAUUGAAUGCUUUAAAAGCUGUCAAAUAUUCGAAUGCAAAUGUUGAUAUAGUCUUAUCCAAUUGUGUGGAAUGGUUAACCAAACAACCUAAAUUGAUCCUAGAUUCCAGUAAUGAUAUCAAAAGACAAUUACAAUGGAUAAAGAGAUUCCAUAAACGUCAAUCAAAUCUGGCUGUAAAUAAUGAUGAUGAUACUUUGGUACAAAAUAUUCUGUUCGAUAUAGAUUAUGAUUCUGAUACCAUUGAUCGAUUGCUACAUGAUGUGCCUAAUGAUGUGGAAGGUGUUGAUCAGAAUCCAGGGUUUGUAGUUAAGAGUUUUGAUGAAUUUAAAGAUGAUGAUGAUUUUAAUAUUGGUAAGGAUUUUUAA